CUAUAAGGUGACCUGCUCCAGCUGUGUUCUUCCAUAAAGCUCCCCGAGCCACACACUCGCACCGGCUCUCUGCGGAUUUAAACUCCAGAUUUCUAACCAGUGACUCAAUUCCCUGAGCGAGAGGUGUAACAAAAACAAAACAAAAAAACCCUAGGAGUCUGUGGAUAUCUCGACUGACUCUUUGAACCUGAUUUAAACCCGGAUUUAUCCUUUUUAAUCACCUGGAAUAUUAGAAAUUCUUCCUUUUUUUUCCCCUCCAGGAUCUGUCUAUCCAAAACGGUUGGAAUCUGAGCAAGGAUGCAAGCAGUUGUGUGCAGCCUGCUGCUGUUUGUUCUCGCCGCUGCUGGAGAAGUGGUGCGAGGCUGUUCGGGGCCUUGCUCAUGCCCCCUGAUGCCUCCCUCAUGCCCAGUGGGAGUGAGCUUGGUGCUGGAUGAAUGUGGCUGCUGUAAAGUUUGUGCGCAGCAGUUUAACCAGGACUGCGGCCCGGGAAAACCCUGCGAUCAUAUUAAAGGCCUGCGCUGCCACCUAGGGGCCGGAGGAAACCCGCAACGAGGCUUGUGCCGAGCUGAUGCUCAGGGUCGGCCAUGCGAGUUCGCUGGACGCGUGUACCAGCAUGGCGAGGAUUUCCAGCCCAGCUGUGAGCACCAGUGCAGCUGCAUGGACGGCGUGGUGGGCUGCAUGCCGCUCUGCCCCCACCUCAUACCCCUGCCUGCAUGGCAUUGCACCAGCCCCCGCCUGGAAACGCCGCCAGGGCGCUGCUGCGAGGAGUGGGUGUGUCACGACGACAAUCGCAUCGAUGAAGAGCCGCGUGACUCUGCACCUGCUCGACCACACAACAACCGCAUCGACAAACUGCUGCACAUGUUCAGUUACACGUCCAGAGCAGGAGACGCCUUCCAAGAGCGGACAUCGCUGCCUUUGUCCCAAGUUCCGUCCUCCGAGUGUGUUCCUCAGACCACAGACUGGUCCAAGUGCUCCGCCUCCUGCGGCUUCGGCGUCUCCAGCCGCGUGACUAAUGCGAACCCGCGGUGUAAACUCGUCCGGGAGACGCGUCUCUGUCGGAUCCACCAGUGUGACACCAUGACGGCUGUCAGGAAAGAGAAGAAAUGCAGACGGACGUUGAGGUCCCGAGAGCCGGAGCACAUCUCGUUCGGUGGCUGUGCAACCGUGAGGCGGUACCGGCCCAAAACAUGUGGCUCGUGUACUGACGGAAGAUGCUGUCGUCCGUCCGAGACUCGCACCGUUCGCCUGCGCUUCCGCUGUCCAGACGGAGAAAACAUCACACGCAAUAUAAUGUGGAUCCAACAAUGUCGCUGCAGCAAGAGCUGGUGUAGCGCACAGAGAGACGACUCGCCUCCUUCUGUUAGCCUGCACAACGACAUCCACACCUUCUCGUUAAAGGACGAGGAGUUUGACGAUUAAAAAAACAUAUUUUUUAUCGUUGCGUCCCAAUUCCCUUACCUACACUAUGCACUAAAAGAUGAAUCUACAUACUAAAUUCCCCCUAAAUGUCCUCCUUUUGCUCGUUUUUGCCUUGCAAAUAUUUCUGAAAUCAACUGUUAAUAGCAAAAAUAUUGGCACCCUUCUCUUUUUACCAACUGGAGUUUCCUGACCCUGAUGAAAUAAUCAAUAUAAUCAUAAUAAUCCACAAAAAAACGAAGACUAUCUAGGACGGAUAGUAGGACAGUAGGCAAAUUGGGACCCAGCCACAAUUUUGAGACGUAUUUGGUGUCUGAAGUUUGUUUCUUUUUUGCACUGGCACAACGACGCUAAUUCAGCUGACAUACAGUAUAAGAUGAAGCAGGAGAUGAUUUCCAUAAAUAAAUACAAGACCAGAUAUUUCUAUAUUUCUAAACAUAAAUGCUGGAGGCAACAUUGCGAUUUUAGUAAGAUGGUAGAAAAAGCAGUAAAACAGAUGACAGACAUUGCAGCUACGUUUAUGCUUUUAGCGUCAGUCAGCUCUCAGAUUCUACAGGUUUUAAGCCCCAACAGACUAAAGCCUCCUGAGCAGGACACGAGUUCUGCAAGUUCUGAAAAACUGGAAAAACUGAACAAUCCACUACUUUCUAUGAGUUAUUUGUUUGUUAGUAAUUAAAUAAUUCUCCAAACACCAAACAUGUCUAUAAAAAUGUUAAGAAAACUGGGUUUCUUCACUGUCAUGUGCUCCCUGUGUUAAGACAAGCACUACGAGGAGAAGAGACGAGUUGAGAUGAGAGGAGACGAGAUGUUCGUCAGGAAUGGAGACUUGUAAAACUACACCUUCUCCAUAACUCCAUCCACACCUCAGUGUAGAACUUUAUUUAUGUGGACCGCCAAAGGGGACGUUUCUCUUCGUGCUUUACCUCCAACAUGUUUAAGAUCUUUCUGUUGAGUGUGUGAGUCUGUUAGAGUGUGUAUGUUAUAGUAUAGGGUGUGUGUUAAAGUGUUAGUGUAUGUUAGCGUGUGUUAGAAUGUUUGUGUGUGUGUGUGUGAUGGAGUGUGUAUUUGUGUGUUAGCGUGUGCAAACGUGUGUUAGUGUGUGUGUUAGUGUGUGUUAGCAUGUGUUAGCGUGUUAGUGUGUGUGUUUGUGUGUGUUUGUGUGUGUAAGCGUGUGUUAGUGGGUGUUAGUCUGUGUUAGCCUGUGUUAGUGUGUGUGUGUGUGUAAGUGUGUGUUAGUGUGUGUUAGCAUGUGUAAGUGUGUGUUAGCAUGUGUAAGUGAGUGUUAGGGUGUGUAAGUGUGUGUUAGCGUGUGUUAGUGUGUGUGUUAGUGUGUGUGUUAGUGUGUGUGUUUGUGUGUGUGUUAGCAUGUGUAAGUGUGUGUUAGCAUGUGUAAGUGUGUGUUAGGGUGUGUAAGUGUGUGUUAGCGUGUGUUAGCGUGUGUUAGUGUGUGUGUUAGUGUGUGUUAGUGUGUGUGUUUGUGUGUGUUAGCAUGUGUAAGUGUGUGUUAGUGUGUGUUAGCGUGUGUUAGCGUGUGUGUUAGUGUGUGUGAUUCCUGCUGAUACACUGACAGAACCAGCACAGUUUAGUUACUGCUCUUCUGGAGGCCGGUUGUUGUGGGAACCUGAACUGUAGGUCGUUUACUGGAUUUUACAGACUGAGACUUUUUCAGUGAUGAAGUAAAGAAAUAAUUUUAGGAAACUUAGGAAACCAAUUCAUCCAACAUUAACAUUAAUAACAUCGUAUUAACAGCAGCGUUAAGUUCUGUGUACUUUUUGGUCACUCAGUAUAUUCAUUGGGGUUUUUUUAUCUGAAAUUGUCCCUUAAUUUUACCCCUGCACUAUUUGAACUCCACAGCAUGUGUUGUGGCUUUACUGUGUAACCAUGUUAACGCUAGCAAGCUAAUUAUAUCAUAAAGCAGCAGUUAUUCUAGAUGUUAAAGUGACGUCAUUGUAUUUCACAGGAAAUGUAGAGUGGUAACUGUAGCUAGCUUAUUUAGUUUUACGCAAAAUGUAGGAACAAAGGCUGAAAAUUCUCCAGUAUUCUGUAUCCAUGAUGCCGUCAUGCUUCCAGCGAAUCUCAUCAACACUUGUAAAUUUAUCGUUAAUUAAUGGUCAUUCGUAUGUGUCUGUAUUUUCUUUAUGACUUUCUAUCGGUAGGGAAGAAGGACGUUGGCUAGUUUCUGAGAGUUUGACGAUGUAGGUGAUUUAGUCUCAGGUGGAUUAACGAGAGGACGUCCGACAGACGGAUCAGUCUGUGUGAUUGUUGUACUUUGUGUUAUUCAGUGUAAUUGUAAGUUGUGUUUGUUGUGUUGUUCUAAUAGACUCCAGAAGUUUCACACUUCCUCGUGCAUAUGUGUGUGUUUUAUGUGGUUAUUUGUGGAAAGACUACAGUGAGGCUUUAAUCCAUCUGAUGGACGAGCGUGUGAGAGACUUUAUUAUUAUUAUUAUUAUUAUUAUUAUUAUUAUUAUUAUUAUUGGAUGAUUAUAUAACACCGUGUCUUCUUCCUGUUUGUACAGUGAACACGUUUCACCCUCAGUGGAGUGAACGCCACUUUAGAGAUUGCUCCAUUUUUCGGGGCGUAAUUUACUCCUCCUUAAAUUCUCUGAGAUGCUCUCUUGUGUAAGAGUGCGUAACGUGUGUGUGUGUGUGUGUGUGUGUGUGUGUGUGUGUGUGUUUGAGUGUGUGUGUAACAUGUUGCCUGAUGUUGACCUUCAGUGUUAAAGUCAAAUACAGUAAAUAAAGUGUUUAAAAGAAGAUGUGAUUCUUUGUUUUAUUUGGACAGACGGAAGGACGGACGGACGGAUGGACGGACGGACAGACAGACAGAUAGAUAAAAAAAUCACAUUAUUGUGGAGCAAAUAAUUCAAUAGGUGACUGUAGAUAAAGUGAGUUGUUGGCAAAACUAUUGGCAGAUUUACAAAACUAUUCAGAUUUACCAUUUUAAGUACCUUGACCCAGAUUUUGACACAAUAUUACAAAUAUUAAAGAUGAUACU